AUGGUAAAGGACUUACCUGUUGAAGUUUUUGCUAAUCCUGAGCUAUACGGGUUACGGCGAUCUCACCGCGCGUCAGCCAUUGUACCUUCAAAUUCAAAUUAUUUUGAAAGUGAUGAGGAAGAGGACAGUGUAGUUGCGACAAGGCGUAAUGGGAAGAAGAGGAAGCGGUCAGAUAAUUUUGACGAGUACUCUGAUGCCGAAGAUGCAAAUGGAGAGGACGAUUUAGAAGAUGGUUUUGAAGAAGUGGAUGAUGAUGAUUUUGAGUCGCCUGUAAAAAAGUCUCGGGCUACUAAGUCUUCAUCAGUUAGAAAGAAGUAUAAGAAUGGUAAGGAUGAGGUUAAGAAUGAUAAUGAUAUGCAAUUCCCAACCAGGUUUUCGUCAAGGAGUAAUAAAACAGUAAACUAUAAUAUCGAUUAUUCUGAUGAAGAUUUAUUAGAGUCGGACGAUGGGCUCGAAGAUGAUGAAGAGUCGGAGGAAGGCGCUUAUAUGUCAUCGACACCGGUACCAGAUGAAGGUGGGAUUGAUUUAGUAGUUACACAUAGACUAAAAGCUGACUCUAAGGAGCCUGAAGAGUGGGACGUGCCUGAAUGCAAAGAGUGUUAUGAGUUUUUAAUUAAAUGGACCAAUGAAUCGCACAUUCAUAACACAUGGGAAACUGCAGAAUCUAUAGGGGGUGUUCGUGGGUCCAAGAAAAUUGAUAAUUACAUCAAACAGUAUAUAAUUUUGGAUCAUGAGAUUAGGAUGGAUAAAUCGACCACACGGGAAGAUAUUGAAGUAAUGGACUUGGAACACGAGCGUAGGCUUGAUGAGUUUGAGGAAUUUAAACAUGUGGAGCGGAUUAUUGAUUCUGAUCGUGUAACAUUGAGAGACGGGACAUCACAAUUAAAAUACUUGGUGAAGUGGCGUCGUUUGAAUUACGAUGAGGCAACAUGGGAAAAUGCCGCCGUGAUUGUAAAAAUGGCUCCAGCAGAAGUUAAGAACUUUCAAAGCCGAUCAAAUUCUAAAAUAUUGCCGCAGAAUUCUAGUAAUUACGGUUCUCAACGGCCCGCGUUCGAGAAGUUAAACGUGCAGCCGUCUUUUAUCAAAGGAGGAGAGUUAAGAGAUUUUCAAUUGACGGGUAUAAAUUGGAUGGCGUUCUUAUGGUCUAAGAAUGACAAUGGUAUAUUGGCUGAUGAAAUGGGGUUAGGUAAGACUGUUCAAACAGUGGCUUUCAUAUCGUGGCUUAUAUUUGCUCGCCGACAGAAUGGCCCACAUCUUGUUGUCGUUCCAUUGUCGACGAUUCCGGCAUGGCAAGAGACAUUUGAAAAGUGGGCUCCUGAUUUGAAUUGUGUCUACUACAUGGGUAAUCAGAAGUCGAGGGACGCAAUUCGCGAUUACGAAUUUUACACUAAUCCACAAGCGAAAGGUAAGAAAAACAUCAAGUUCAAUGUUUUGUUAACAACAUAUGAAUAUAUAUUGAAAGACAGAUCUGAACUUGGAUCGAUAAAAUGGCAGUUCUUAGCUGUUGACGAGGCUCAUAGAUUGAAAAACGCUGAGUCAUCACUAUACGAGUCUUUGAUAAGUUUCAAGGUCGCAAAUCGAAUGUUAAUUACCGGUACUCCUCUUCAGAAUAAUAUCAAAGAGUUGGCUGCAUUAGUCAAUUUCUUGAUGCCUGGGCGGUUUAUCAUUGAUCAAGAAAUUGACUUUGAAGUCCAAGACGAAAACCAAGAAAGCUAUAUUCGUGAUUUGCAUAGGAGACUCCAACCUUAUAUUCUACGUCGUUUGAAAAAGGAUGUGGAGAAAUCUCUUCCUUCGAAAACUGAACGUAUCUUGAGAGUGGAGCUAUCUGAUGUUCAGACCGAAUAUUACAAGAAUAUCUUGACUAAGAACUAUAGUGCAUUAACUGCUGGGUCUAAGCGAGCGCAUUUUUCUCUAUUGAACGUGAUGAACGAGUUAAAGAAGGCCUCCAACCAUCCAUACCUUUUUAACAAUGCUGAAAAUCGAGUGUUGACGAAGUUUGGAGACGGGAACAAAUCAAGAGAAAAUGUCUUAAGAGGUUUAAUCAUGUCAAGUGGUAAAAUGGUUUUAUUAGAUAAGUUACUCACAAGGUUGAAGAAAGAUGGCCACAGAGUUUUGAUAUUUUCUCAAAUGGUUAGAAUGCUAGAUAUAUUGGGCGAUUACUUAUCGAUCAAGGGAAUCAACUUUCAAAGAUUAGAUGGUACCGUUCCAUCUUCUCAACGUAGAAUUUCUAUCGCCCAUUUUAAUGCUCCAGAUUCGAACGAUUUUGUCUUCUUAUUGUCUACCAGAGCUGGUGGAUUGGGUAUUAACUUGAUGACGGCUGAUACUGUGAUUAUCUUUGAUUCUGAUUGGAAUCCACAGGCUGAUUUACAGGCCAUGGCCAGAGCACAUCGUAUCGGGCAAAAGAACCAUGUCAUGGUUUAUAGAUUUGUUUCAAAGGAUACUGUUGAAGAAGAGGUCUUAGAAAGGGCACGUAAGAAGAUGAUUUUAGAAUAUGCCAUUAUAUCGCUAGGUGUCACAGAUGGUAACAUAUAUACUAAUAAAACCAAGAAUGAACCAAGUGCAGGAGAAUUAUCAGAAAUUUUGAAGUUUGGUGCUGGUAACAUGUUCAAAGCGAAUGAUAAUCAGAAGAAGUUAGAGGAUUUAAAUUUAGACGAUGUUUUAAACCAUGCGGAAGAUCACGUUACCACACCAGACUUGGGAGAGUCUCAUCUUGGUGGCGAAGAGUUCUUGAAACAGUUCGAAGUUACAGAUUAUAAAGCUGAUGUUGAAUGGGACGAUAUCAUUCCUGAAGAUGAACUAAAGAAAUUAAAGGAUGAAGAACAGAAGCGCAAAGACGAAGAAUAUGUUCAUGAGCAAUUACAGCUAAUGAAUAGAAGGAAUGUAGCUUUGAACAAGAUCAAGGAUAGCGUCAAUGGUGACAGUGUCAGUGGCUAUAGUGACGAAGAGGUCUCACGGUCCAAGAAGAAAACCAAAUCUAAUAACCUAAACUCUAUAGGGGAGAAAGAAGUCCGUGCACUAUACAAAGCGAUCUUAAAGUACGGUUAUCUCAAGAAUAGGAUGGCAGAUCUUAUUGCUGACGGCACUUUGCCUGUAAAAUCUAUCGAUAAGUAUGUGGAAGUGUACGGUGAGCUUAUGGAAGCUGCACAUAAGCAUAUAGCAGAAGAAGAAAGUGCAAGAAAUGAAGCUAUUGCAAACCUAGAAAAGGAGGUAGAGGAAUACAAAGCGAAAUUGAAAACGGACGAAAUCUCGUCCGAUGACAACUCUAAGUCAAGUCCUAUUGCAAGGCUAGCAGCCAAAAGGCGGGAGAAAAAAGCUGUGUUAUUUGAACUUUACGAUAUCAAGGGCCUAAAUGCAGAGACUAUGAUAAAUAGAACCGAGGACAUGAAGUUUUUGCACAAGUUUUUAACCAAGAACUACCCUGAUGAUGCUAUGAACUUCAAGUUCGUUAAUAAACUACCGAAACCCGUAACAAACUGGAACUGUAACUGGACACAAGAAGACGACGAAAAGUUGCUCGUAGGUGUGGAAAAAUAUGGUUACGGAUCUUGGACACAGAUACGAGAUGACCCAUUUUUUGGUCUUUCGGACAAGAUAUUUUUGAAUGAGCCAUUACCCUCGGCAACUGUCGAAGCGCAACCAUCUACUCCUAUCGCGCCAGACCUACCCGCUGUGAACGACUCUCCUACUCAAGCUGAUGCUCCUGCUUUAUCAGCUCCUCAAGACAAGAAGUCGAAGUCUACUCCUGCCCUUAAGAAGGUGCCUGGUUCGGUGCAUUUAGGAAGACGGGUAGACUACUUGUUCUCAGUUCUACGUGAAGAGGUGAAGAGCGCUUCUAGAGAACCCCCUUCUGUAAAUCCACCCGCUCCUGCUGCAGCUAAGAAGGGAUCAAGAAAAUCUGCUGUAGCUAACAACGGGAGCCGCUCAAGGACUCCGGAUGUGAAGAACGAAGAAGCCGCCUCCACUAAGUCCAAAAGGAUAAAAAAUAGCGCUGUUGUAGCGCCCUCGCGUCCUUCUUCCGGUAGCCCAAGUCCUCAGUUGAAGCGCAAUGGCAAGAAGAAACCGCUGAAUCGUCCCCUGCCGAAAGGCCCCGCUGCCGCAUCUGCAUCACCAACGACCAUCCCAACAGGUCCUGCUUUCAUGUCUACUCCGGUAUCUGAUAAAGAGUACGAAAGUAUGGAUGAAGAGGAGUGCAAACGUACCAUGCAAAGUGUCCGUGCAUCUUUAAACAAGCUACAGCGCGGCGGUAGCGGUCUAGAACGCAACCAAUGGGCUGCAAUCCUAAAGAAAGAGCUUAUCGCUGUUGGAAACUGCAUAGAGAAGCACAAGGGCGACUCUCCUAACUUUGAUAAGAGUAAAUUCAAGAGGCAUCUAUGGUCAUACAGCUCGCAGUUCUGGCCUGCACAAGUCAAGUCUGUUAAGAUUAUGGCAAUGUAUGAUAAACUCGUUGCAUCCGCAUCAAAUCAAUCCAGAUGA